AUGAGCGAGUUAAAAAGCAUUCGGCAGUUUGUCCGUGGACAACUGCGUGAGGAAGACGAUUUAAGUUUGCUGACUCUGGGAAUUUUAAAAAAGCGCUAUUUGGCCAAUGUCGGAGGUGAAGCUCUAAGUUCAUCCACCAAAGGUUUACUGAAACAAGUAGUUGAACAGGAACUGAUGAAAAUGAUGGAGAAUAACAAAAGCGAUGAUGAGUCAGAGACUGAAGACUUUAAAAGCAAGAGAAAAAGAGAUGUGGAAAAUGAGAGUGAAGAUGAGGAUGCGUCCAAGCAAAAAAAGUCCCGCUGUGGAGUAAUUUCUGAAUCUGAAUCGGAGGAAAGACCGGGCAGUGGAAAAGGCAGUGUGGAGAGUGCGGAGGAAGAGAAUACGGACGAUGAAAAGAAGAAAAUGAGAAAAUCACCACAAAAAGUAGAGUGUGAGAAAAACUCUGAAGAUCAGAGUGACUAUGAGGCUCAAAGUUGCUCCAAUAAGAAUGACAGCAGCUCUCAGUCGUCUGAAGAAAGUGAAAAAGAAGAAAACAUCUCUGCAGAAAAGAACCCGAACCAAGAUGAUUCAGAUUCUUCAUCUCUGCCCUCUUUGAAAGAUGAGCAGCAGCCCAAAAACAAAGAAAAGCAAAUCAGUAAAAAGAAGAAAAACGGUCAGGAUACGGAAAACACAAAAUCAACCAAAAAAGGCAAAGAUGACGUCACAAAAAAACAGAAGGAAAAUGACAAAACAAUCAUUAGACUGAAACGCUACAUUUCUCUCUGUGGCGAGAGACGCAAUUACAAGAGCCUCCUUGGUGACUGCCGCUCUGUCCGCUCCAUGGUAGCUGUUCUAAAGAAGGAGCUGGAAGAUCUUGGUGUUUGUGGUCAGCCAUCCAUUGAGAAAUGUAAAAGAGUACGUCUAAAGAGGGAAAAAGCUAAGGAACUUGCUGAACUGGAUGCAAGCAACAUUAUUGAAAGUGAAGGUCGACCUAAAAGACGAGGAGCUUUUACACAACUAAAACAAAGUGAGCCCCCGCUCGCAACAUAUCAGCGUUCGGUGAACUCUGACUCUGAUAGCGAUGAGGAAAGCAGCAUACGGCGAGGACACAAAAGGACGUCUGACUGGGCCAACCUGAAGGGAAUCAUCAGUGAUGACGCAAGCAGUGAAUGA